UUCCGAAGUUGGGCAGAUUUCCUGCAGAAAUAUUUUUCUGUUUCAAAAAGUCCAACUUCUCCAGUCACGACUCGAACAAAUUGGUUGAUUAGUUCGGGAGAAUACGAUGAAUCUUAACCUGAAAUUACGUAACUUGUUCGUACACAACCCAAAAUAUUGUUUUGAAACGCAAUCUCUGCAUUAAUAUUUUUUCAAGAUCGAAUCCAGAUGUAAGAAGGCUAAACAAUUGGCGUAAUGGAAACGCAAGAUUUUAGUCCAAACAAUGGUGACUACAGUGCCAUUGAAUCAUUCUUCGAAGUUACCAAUAGUGCUUCAGGCAAUGAUGCCUCCGAAAUCAUUAUACUGGACGGCACCGAAUUUGAGCUUCCCCCAUACGAUGUAAUGAUCGACGAGUUUUAUCAGGAGCCGGAAAGUUCUACGAAAAAUAGGAUUUUGCCGCCUCAGAACAGUGCCUUCAGCGCGUAUAAUAAAGUCUAUUCAAACGCCGUUGCAGAUUCCCUCCUAUACUCCGAGAGUCUGCACAAAAAAUGUUUGAGAUUUCUUGGAAAAAUCGAUGAAGAAAGAAAGUUAAAGGUCCAGAGAUCGACCCCAACGGCUCCUGCCCCUGCUUCGACUGGCAACAAGAAUCAAGAAUUAAAUGCGAAAAGCAAGAAUCGAGGCAAAUCUGCAUUUCGGCACAUGAUUGCAGAACGGAAUAGAAGAGUCCAAUUAAGGGAGCAUUUCGAGAAUCUUUACUCUCUUCUUCCUCGAAGUUGCAGGAAAGAUAAGCAUUCAAUAUUGUCAAAUACCACAAGCUAUUUAAGAGAACUAAAACUUCGUGCUGGGAAGCUCAAACAGCAGAAUGAAGGGGCGGACGAAUCUAUUCCCCUGAAUUUCUCAAAUAUUGGUGGAGGUGACAGGUUCGAGUCACAGGAGAAGUCUUUCAAUUUAGACAGCCCUUUACUUUACCAUAGCGUCGAUGUGAUCUUAGAGCAAUGUAAGGAUAACCCCUGCCAAGUUAAAAUUAUAAUUAAUGUGCAGAUGAAAAUGGUUUCUUGCUCAGCAAGUCUACUUCUCAGAGUAAUAGAGCUGUUGAGAGCAGAGCGGCUGGAAAUCCUUUGGCUGUCACAUAACAGGGGAUUUGGAUUUCAGGCUAUCUUUAUCGUAUUACCAAAGGAUCAAGGUUGGGAUAUCUGCCAUUGGCAAACCUUCGGGAGUUUAGUUAGUCAGACUCUCAAUUAGGCAUUUGGGGGAUCACAGUUUUUGAAUUUCAGAUUGGGGAAAAAGGAUGAUAUUACAGCGAAAUGGAAUUGCUUAUUGCAAACCAGUCGUUCUGAUAGCUAUUUGAAAGAUUUCUGAAUUAGCUGAGUCCUGAAUAGCCAAGACUCAGUUGAAAAUUCGAUGAAUUUUAUUUUAUGUAAGAGAUAUUUUAUUUUAGCUGACUCUCAAAUGAGCUUAUGAGGAACCAAAGGAAUGGAUGAUAUUAAAGCGGAAAGGAAGUUUCUUUCGCAAAUUUCAAUUCUUUUAAAAGGACAAGUUA